GCUGCUGCCCUACAGACAGCCAUGUGCUCCGUCCUACAGAUUGCAGUGCUGACCCUUGUUUUCUGCUCAGUCCACAGCUUUACCAUACAGGCUUCACAAGAGAAGAGUGAUGAAGCCUCUGGUAACAGCAUUGAUGAUGAUGAGUUCUCAGUCUCAACGCUGAUUGAGAAGGCCAACGCUAAUGUUGAUAAGGAUGAAAACGAUCUGAAGGUGAUGUUUGGAGACAUCGUGGUGUACACCGGCCUUCAGAACGCUGAUCCUUGCACAGCCAGAGGCUGCCUGUGGCCCAAAUCGUCUGAUGGCAACGUCUACGUGCCGUACCGCAUCUCCAACGAGUACUCCCAAAGGGAGAGAGACACCAUCAUCCAGGGCCUGCAGUCGUUUUCCCGCUGCACCUGCAUCCGCUUCACCCCUCGGAGAAACCAGAGGGACUUUGUGGACAUCCAGUGCCGCUCGGGGUGUUACUCGUUCGUCGGGCGUCGUGGCAAUGGCCAGGUAUUGUCUCUGAAUCGCAGGGGCUGUGUUUACCAUUCUAUCAUCCAGCACGAGCUCCUCCACGCUCUGGGCUUCAACCACGAGCAGACCCGCUCCGACCGGGACGAGCACGUCCGCAUCCUGCUGCAGAACGUCAUCCGUGGAACAGAGCACAAUUUCUGGAAGAUUCAAAACAGCAGGAACCUUGGCACUCCAUACGACUACAACUCUGUGAUGCACUAUGGAAGGUAUGCCUUCUCUAGCAACGGACAACCCACCAUCGUGCCAGUCCCCAACCCAGAUGUAAGCAUCGGCAGGGCCAACCAGAUGAGCCCUACUGACAUCCUGAGGGUGAACCGCCUCUACGGCUGCAAGAGAGCUGACUGAAUAAUCAAGAAGAAACGAGGCAGUCUGCAGCUUUUUUUUUUUUUUUAAACCAGCAAUUUAACCUCAAGAGCCUCAAGUCAGACUACAUCUGUGCUUGUGCUGUAAAGCAGUUUAGAUUUUGCUUUAAUUUAGCAAGACUAUUGUCAGUUUUUGAUUUAUUUUGUUUUAGCUGCCAUGAUCACACAUGAAGUGUGUGUCAAACAACUAACCGAUGAUGCUUAAAUUUCAGUUUCGCUUCUUUUGAUGGCCACUUGAUGACUUGA